AUGACAAAGAUUCCAAACUUAGUCUUGGUCAUUGGCGGGACAGGGGCACAAGGAGUGCCGGUAGUCAAAGCACUGGUGUCUGACCAGAAAUACACCGUUCGAGUUCUCACUCGAAUUGCUUCCUCUGCGGAAGCCAAAGAUCUCGCCACCCUGCCAGGUGUGACAAUUAUCGAAGGAAGUUCUUACCAUGAGCCCACUCUUCAGAAAGCACUUGAAGACGUCGAAUAUGUCUUUGCCAACACUAACGGUUUUGCCAUUGGGGAGAUGUCAGAGAUAUACUGGGGUAUCCGUCUCUACGAGCUUGCUCGAUGGGCCGGAGUCAAGCACUUCCUCUACGCUGGUCUUGAAUAUGCCUCAAGACUUGGAGGUUUUGACCCAAAGUAUCGCACAGGCCACUUGGAUGGCAAGGGCAAGGUCGUUGAUUACAUCUCAGCACAACCGACGACACCAAUGGCAUGGUCAGUCUUAACAUCAUGUCUCUAUCUUGAAGGCUUGUCGGAGGUGCUUCAACCAUUUCCGAAUCCAGAAGACCCAAGCACUCUAGUAUUUGCAGUUCCUCUCGGAGAUGCAAAGUGUCCUCUUAUUCACCUUGAGGACUAUGGCGCGUACGCGAGAUGGCUUUUUGACAAUCCUGUGAGAAGCAAUGGUCUAGAGUUGCACGUCGCGACUGAGGACAUCGCGUGGAAAGACCUCGCCGCAGCCUUCACAGAAGUUACUGGACGCAAAGCUGUUUAUAUGGAUGUCACCUUGGACACAUAUUUCACUCUUCCAUUCUUCCCUUACCCUGACGCAAAAGUGGGUCAUUCGGCUAAUCGCGAGGAUCCCACCCUGUUCACGUUCAGAGAGAACUUCUCUGGCUUCUGGAAUACUUGGAAAGCCGAAUUGACCAAGCGGGACUAUAAGCUUCUUGAUGAGAUCCUGCCUAAUAGAGUCAAAAGUGUGAAGGAAUGGAUGAUCAAGACAGGUUACGAUGGUACACCAUCCUCCGUUCUCAAGGAUUAUCGCGAUGGAGUUGGAAGUCGCGAGCCAGGCGACAAGUGA